UUUGCCGUGGUCACAGGGAGACACAGAAGCCUCACGCUCGCUCAUUGAUACGCGCCGAGUUCGAGGAACUCAAGAAGGGCAGAGCGACAUAUACAUCCUCAUACACACAGCAGGCUGUGAGCUGGGAUGGUAGCGGAGGAGAUCGUGGUCUCCCUCUCAGGAGGAGCCCCGUGGGGCUUCAGGCUGCAGGGAGGAGCAGAGCAGCAAAAGCCUCUACAGGUGGCCAAGGUACGCAGGCGCAGCAAAGCCUGCAGAGCUGGACUCAAGGAGCAUGAUGAGCUGGUUUCCAUCGACGACCACAUGUGUGAAGAGCUCAGUCAUGCUCAGGCCAUGAGCCUCAUAGAUGCACAGAGUGCGACACUCAGCCUGAGGGUUAAAAGGGCCCCCUCUGGAUUCCACUCCUCAUCUUAUUCUGGUUGCUCUGCAUCGCCCCGCUCCUCCGUGAGGGUCCUGUCUCCCCCCGGAGCCCCCUUGCCCUCCCUCCAUCCCUCCAUCCUCUCCCCCAGAGGCAUCACCUCCCCUCCGGACAGCGAAGCCUACUACGGAGAAACGGACAGUGACGCAGACACACAGUCACACACUCACCGCCGCCAGCGCCGCACACCUCCUCAUGCACGCUCACCUGCGCGCUAUGACAACGAAGAAGAGGAGACCUCAGAGAUGAGCGGGUAUGAGAGCGCCACAGAUGCAGGGCUUUCCACGCAGGGGCAGUGGGAUGGUCAGUGUCUUCCUGGCGUCCCUCGCAGAGAGCUAAUCUACCAGCCCCCCCAGACAGAGUGGACCACUCCAGCGCACACCCCACACACUCUGACCCCUCACACACUCACCCCGACCCCCGAUCAGGGGUUGGUGGAAGCGGAGGGAGAAGGUGACAGUGGCUUCCAGGAGGCGGGGGGCUGCAUUGGGCUGACCUGCCCACCCCUGGUGUCUCCUGAACGGGCGAAAGAGGCGCUGAUGUUGGGCUCUAGUAAACAACUGGUGCCCAUGGUGGGACCGCAGCUGACCCCCGUCAGCGAUGAGCUCUCCACCACCUACAUGGACAAAGCACGGCAAGCCAAGUUACAGCGUGGGGAGAGUUUGGUGGAGAAACAGGUGAAAGAAGCUCGUACUAAAUGCCGCUCUAUUGCCUCUUUGCUGACUGAUGCUCCCAACCCCAACUCCAAAGGGGUGCUUAUGUUCAAGAAACGCCGGCAGAGGGCAAAGAAGUACACACUGACCUGCUUCGGCAAAGCUGAGGGAGACGGAGGAGGGGAGACAGAAGGGGAGACAGGAGGAGAGACAGAGGAGGAAGGAGGAAGUUCCAUCCUAAGUGGCUCAGAGGUUGAUGAAGAGGGAUUCUCAGGAUCAUUUGAUCCCACGUGGGAUAGUGGUUAUCUAGACCUGUUGGACAGGAGAAGCUCUGCUUGCCCGUCAACUACACCGACCACUCCAACAACACCAGCAACCAAUCACAGCCCAGGGCUGGACAUCUCAGCCUAUCAGACUCCAGGACUUCUGACCCCAGUCAAACAAAGCCCCGGGUUGGAGGUCUCAGGGCUGGAGUGCUCAGCCUAUCAGGGUUCAAGGCUGGAGCGUGGCGUCACGAAGCAGCCAAUCAGUAACCACGCUGCACACAUGUCUCCUCCAGCUGUGGCUCUGACCAAUGGGGGGUCAGUAGCUGUUAGUCGGGCUAGUGUAGUUCUCAGCCCGCCCUCUCAGACACCCCUACCCAGUCAAAAUGGGCAACAUGGCAACUCUAAUCCUGGUCCUAAUCCUAAUCUUAGUCCUAGUCCAAUCACAGACUCAGACCAUCACCUGAACGCCAACUUCAAUCCUAAUACAGGUGUUCUGAACCGCACUGCACGCCCCUUCACCCCUGGCCCUACCCCUCCUCGCGCCUCUGUGACGUCAGUGAUGUUUCGCCCUCCCCAACCCAAACCCACAGCCAUAACCAUGGCGACCAAACCGGUGGCGGCCGUCUCCAUGGUGACUAUCUCACCCACUCGCCAUCCAUCAGCGCCAGAUACGAGGAGAGCGGUGUCUAGCACCUCUCUGUACAUCCCUGCAAGAAAUAACAACAGCAACACUCACCCCUCUGUUAACUCCCCCCCCUCAGCUCUCUCGCCUCCCUCCUCCCUGUCUUUCUCCCACCCUCCUGCGAACCCACACAUAUUUUCACCUCAGUCUGCCGUGCAUGCUUCCCCCUCCGCCCCCUUCCCUCCUUGUGUAGCUCAAGGUCCCGCAGUUUGUCCAUCACCCGCUCAACCCUUCUCCCCUCCAGCUCCACUGUCAUUUCCCUCUCCUCCUGCUCCUACUUACCCACCUCCCUCCACCUGCAUGACUGCUCCUCCCAUCUCCCCACCACAUCCCCCUGAUCCGACUCAGGUCUCCUUCCAUGCCCAGCCCACCCAUCCUCUUCCUCCCAUUCCACCUUCUCCAUCUCCGUCCGUCCACCCUUACAUCAACACGACAGGUACAAUGACUCCCAGCCCCCACGUCGCCAUGGAAACUGCAUCACCUCCCCAGGCUCCUGCCGCUGAUUCACUUGUGACACGUGAGCAGCGCAUCUCUGUCCCCGCCUCUCGCACCGGCAUCCUGAAUGAUGCCCGUCGUCGUAGCAACAAGAAGCCAAUGUUUUGCGCAGUCCAGAACAAAGAUGUUUCUCCAAACCCAGACUUGCUGUCGAUGGUCCAGAACAUGGAUGACCGCUUUGUUAGAGCCCCGGGUGCUGAAUCUGGAGUUGCACCCAGCGGGGAGGCUGGGCAUGAGUCGGGGCCUGAGGAGGACUGGCUGAGGCUGGGGGCAGAGGCCUGCAACUUCAUGCAGGCUCAGCGAGGACCCAGGCCGCCCCCUGUUGCCCCAAAACCUCAAACCCCUCAGGUGCCACAGCUGGAGGGGAAGGGAGGUCAGCUGUUUGCCCGCAGACAAAACAGGAUGGAUCGCUACGUUGUGGAGCGAUCUCCCUCUGUCGCUGCAGCACCUUACUCUCCUGCCCAGACAAGGGAGCCCUCACCCACACCUUCACUCCCUGCCACCUGGAAGUACUCCUCAAACAUCCGUGCUCCACCACCCAUCAGCUACAACCCCCUCCUCUCCCCCUCCUGCCCCCUGAAGGCCCAGAAGAAGCCCGAAGUGAAAAAGUCUGGGCCAGCUGGAUCUAAAGGGCAGAAAGCGGGCAUGAAGCCUUUGGACAUUAUGAACCAUCAGCCCUACCAGCUCAACUCUACCCUGUUCAGUUAUGGGGGCGGGGUUCCCCAGGACACUUCCACCUACCAGCAGCAGCAGCAGCAGCAGCAGCGAGGAAUGACAGGUGGUCCUCAGAAAACAGCACGAGUAUAUGAGGUGAAGCGUUUCUCCACGCCCCCUCCCAUGGCAACAGGGCCUGCCCUCAAAGUCAUCGUCCCUCGAUCAGCUACAACACUUGGAGAACCGCUGUGGCGCUCUGAUGUCGUGUCCCCUCCACCCACAAUUGCUCCUGCACCCUACCAACCCUAUCAGCCUCAACCCCAACCUCACCAACCUCAGUGGGCCGCUGCCCCUCUGUCUCCCCCGGUGCCUCCCGCCCCUAAUGCCCCGCUCCCUCAGCUCCCCACCUUCUCCACCUUCUCCUCUGCUCCUGCUCCAAACCCAGUCCAGACCCCUACGUUCUCCCACCAUCAGCCCUCCACCACCGCGCAGGCCAACAGGGCGUUUAAGAGUGCUCCAGAUCUGAGCCCCCUGGGUCCCGCUGGUGCCUCUCAGCCGGUGACCAGCAGCACUCAGCCUGCCAGGGUACCCAGGCCCAGGUUCAGCACUUCCAACCUGGGUCUGCAGCCUUGUGUCUGGCGCCCUGGAUCCACUAUGCACUAAAACGGAUUCCGGUCUGGACAUAAGAAACUUUUUUUUUUUUUUUUUUCCAAAUAAGUCUAUGUGUUUUUAGUAUUGUAAUGUUGUUGUUUAGGGCUGCAGCUUGAGGUUUUAUCAGCCACAUUUUAUCACAAGAUCUGUUUGGAUCAGCCACACAUGUAGCACAUUUUAUCACCAACAUUUAAUCACUGACUCUUUUAUCCAAUGCAUUAGGUAAUAGUUGAAGGGAACACUGUGUUUUUUGCAAAGGAAAUGUGGUGUGGAAACCUGAGAAAAGGUUUAAAGAAAAAAGGAGAACAACUGCAGAUUGAAAGGACAGAGAGGGAUGCUGGGAAAAAUAAUGGGAAAAUAAAGUUCUGUAAAUAUUGUAUUGAAUGAUUAAAGAAUUAAGGUUAAACAUAAUAAAGAAGAAUAGAGGAUGUGAAAAGACAAGAGUGUUGUAAGAGAGAUGGACUAGUAGUCGAGGAUGGGAAAAAGAUGAAAAGACACUGAUGAAGUGACAUUAUAGAAACAAUGAUGAGAUUUGACUUUUAGCUGCACAAUCUGGAAACAUCCUGCAGUACCUGUUGCCAUCCGACAACAGCAUAUCAGAAAAUUUGAAGUACUAACAAAUCCCCCCUUUGUAAUAUAUAGUCUAAGGAUUUGUGUUUGAUGAUCCUGAGUGUCUUUCUUUUUUUUUUUUUUUUAGUUGUACUCUGCAGCGGUGUGUGCUUUGGUUUCCUGUAGUUUUUCACAGCUUGUAACGAGUGAG